ACAUACAGUCAAGAGCUUCACCAACAACCAUGGUUUGUAAUCUAAAAACAUGUAGACAUGUACAGUCAAGCUUGGUACCCUUUAUGGCAUCUGUGAAUGACAUUACUUGAUUCCACCAGCUGAUCCAUCUGGGAUGACCUAACAUAGACUCUAGUAAAAACUGGGCACAGUAACAUUGGCAUGUCUGUAUCAAGAGAGAGCUGUCCCAUCACAUUACAACACAGUUUUGUUUUGAACACCACUUUUUCACUUUGACUGCCUUCCCAAAUGGCAACUGUUCCCUCUCCUCUCCCCGCAUGCCACCCCUCUCUCUCUCCCCAUCUCGGCAACAAACCACCCUUUCCCCCUUUUCUUUUGAUCUAUGCAUGCAGCCUUAUCACUGGCCAGACCAACCCAUGAAUUCCCCAUUAAAUUCCUCACUCCCAAACACACUUUUUUCACAAAUCCAAAUAUUCAGAGGAGAGAAUUUCUUACCUUAUUAUGGCUUCUUCUUCUUCUGUCUUCGUCUUGAUUCUUGUCCUUUGUGGUGGAGCUGCGUGUUAUGAUUACUCCGGCGGCGGAGGGAUGGAGGAGGAGGAGCUGUUUGCACUGUUUGAGGUGAUGGGGUCGCUGUUGGAGGACCCCACUUGGGCGCAGAUGCACCCGCUGCCGUGCACCGAUACGCCGUGGCCGGGUGUGGAGUGUGGGCUUAUGGAGGAGACUGAUAUGUUUCACAUCACCAAGAUUCAUGUAGGGGACGACGUCGUUUCACCGCCGUGUAAGGCUUCUGCGAAAAUCUCCGACUCUCUUCUCAAAUUGCCAUACCUUCGAACUCUCUCUCUCAUCAAUUGCUUCACUGAAUCAGAGGUGUCUUUAAACAAACGCCUCUUUCAAUCUCUCGCCUCUUUGGAGCACUUGACUCUGGAGUCGAAUCCUGCCCUGAUCGGAGAGAUUCCGUCGACGAUCGCGAAUCUAUCGUCGCUCAAAACGCUGUGCCUGUCGCAGAGCAAUCUCAGCGGCGGAAUUCCGGAGGAGAUUGGAGAUCUGGUUAAUCUGCAGCAGCUCGUUCUCAGCCGUAACAAUUUAACCGGUGCGAUUCCUGGUGAAAUUGGAGGUUUGGAGAAGCUCACGAUUCUCGAUCUCAGCUUCAAUUCGUUGGAUAACACGCUGCCGAGCUCGAUCGGCGGCCUCGAUUCCCUCGAGAAGAUCGAUCUGAGCUGGAACAGACUCCGAGGAGCUCCGCCGCCGGAGCUGGGGAAUUUGACGAGGCUGAAUUUGUUAGAUCUGAGCCAUAACUCAUUCACAGGUCCCAUCCAUGAAAGCCUCUCGGGAAUGCAGCAGUUACAGUACCUAAUCAUGGAAUCCAAUCCGUUAAAUUCGAAAUUCCCCUCCUUCGCGAGCUCGCUCACACGUCUCGCGGUUCUGAGCCUCUCGAGCUGCGGGAUCCAUGGCCCGAUCCCGAGCGUUUUCUCGAAUUUGACUAACCUGACGGCGCUGUCGCUCGACGAUAACCGCCUCGACGGCGCGGUUCCGGCGGAGAUCGGAUCGCUGCGGAAUCUCGACACGUUGAAUCUGAGCAGGAAUCAUCUGAGCGGGCGGCUGAUGUUUCCGCCGGAAUUCAUGAACAGGAUCGGGCAGCGCCUCGACAUUCGAGAGAACGACGGUUUGUGCGCGGAUCUGGCGGUGAGGACGAGCAAUACGAGCUCGAGGCUGUUGCAGAACCCUAGCUGUGACGAUGCUGUGAUAAUUGCUGCGCCUAGCAACAAAACAAUGGCGGCGGAUCACAGAAAUUCCGGUAGUUCUGUGAAUUUGAAGCCGGAUCUGUACGGUGGUGGUGGUGGUGGUGAUUCGAGCUCAGAUCACGGCGAUUUCGAUUCCAGAAUUGUGAUUUUUGUUCAAUUGGUGUUGCUGUUUUUUUUGUUGCUAGCGUCAUGAACUAUCGCAUCCAUGGAUUCUAUGUGUUUUAGGCUAAUCAAUUAAUUUAACAUUAUUUUCAUCAAUUUUAUAGUAAGUGGAAAACCAA